AUUUCAAAUAUAAAUGAGUUAGCUAACCACUACUUCAAAUAAAAUUGUCUCUUUAAAGCUUUGUUGUUUAUGCGUCAUAUGUGUUUUGGCCAAUUGCAAUUUUCAAGUGUCAUCACAUAACCUCCAAAUCUAUUGUGUACGUUUUCUGUAGCAUUGCAUUGCAUUGACAAAGUUUUGUACAGAAUUAAUAUUGCGCAUCUUAAGAAUGGCGUUAUUUAAAUAUCAGGAGAAUUUAAUGAAUCAAGACACAAGAACUGAAGCUCUGAAUGAUAUUAAACAACAACUAGUUAGUGCAAGAGGCACUGACAUUGCAGAAUAUGCUCAUAGCAUCAAGAUUCCUCUGCUUUUUGAAUGCUUGGAAAACGAUGAGAAUGAGGAACAAAUUGAUCUGGCCUGUGAAAUCUUAACAAUUUGUAUGGAAAACUUAUCAUUAGGAGAGAGUUUGGUAAAGUAUCCUGGUUCAUUAGAAAAGUCACUAACACACAAAUAUGACAUUGUUCGUCAAAUGUCUUUGAAAGAGAUUCUAAGAGCAGCUGAAAUCGAUGGUAAUUAUUUUAAUGAUGUAUCUCGAGAGAACCUAAUUGCAAAAAUCGUAGAUUGUGUGGGACAUGAUAAUUUAAGUGUAGCACAUGUUGCUGUAAAUAUUCUAUGUUUAAUAAUAAUGCCAUGGAUAAGUAAUCACCAGAUAUUAUCUGGUUUGCAAAAUGUUAUGAAUCGUGGUGAAAUUCAAAGAUUUAGAGUUUAUGAGAUAGUGAUACAGUUGGCAACAAAAUCUAAAGAUAAUUUUAAUAAAAUCGAAUCUACAUCAUUCUUAGCAAAAAUGUUAAGUGAAUUAGAUGUACAAGAUGAAUUAGUACAAUUAAAUGUUAUUGAGUUGCUAACACAAUUAGCUAUGUCUGACCAUGGUUUUAAUUACUUAGAGAAUAAAGGCAUAUUUAAACAUUUUGCUGUACAAGUGGAAAAUAUAGAUCAAAAUCCAUUGAGUCCUCUAAUUUUACCAGGAUUGUUAAAAUUCUUUGGUCGAGUUGCUCAUACCAGACCGACAUCUAUGUUGACUCAAUAUAAGAACAUUCUUUCAAAAAUUUUUGAUAUUGUUCAAAAUAGCUAUGAUGAAACAUUGCUACUUGUAUCAUUGGAUACAAUAGGAUAUUUAGGAGCAACAAGAGAUGGCAAAUUUGCUUUAAAUAAUAACAAUGAAAAUAUGGUUGCCACAUUGAAGAAAAUCGGAUUUUAUAUUCAUAGUGGAUCAACUGAAGUUAGGAUUCGAGCAUUGGAUUGUUUAAAACAUUUAGUUGAAAUUGAUCCACAUGAUACGAAUAAUGAAAUACAAUCUAUUACACAAAAAUGGUUUAACACAUUGUGUGAAAACCCAGUUGACUUCAUUUUCAAUGUUUGUAGAAAACCAUUCCCGGAUAUUAAAUUGGCAGCAUUGGGUAUUUUGAAAGUUAUUGCUUGUCAAUUAUGGGGUGCGGAUUUGAUUGUAAAUAAUCCAGGUAUCAUAGAAUAUUUGCUAGACAGGCGAACAGAGAACUUUAAAGAUGGAAAACAAGCAAAGUUUGACAUAAUUUUUGCAUUAAAUCAAAUUCCUGAUUUAGAUUUAGAAUUGAGACAAAGACUGCAGUUGUAUAUUGCUGAAGGACCAUUUUAUGUUGAAGCUGUUACAGACAUUGCCAUUGAGGGAGAAUAAAUCAUGUUUAUAGCAUCAUAUUUUGAAUAAUGUUAAAUUAUUAAAAAUAAAUAUUUUGUAAUAUUUUUUCUUUAUUUGAUAAUUACUAAUCAA